UCUUUCGGGCCGGGUCUUGGCAGUGGGGUCCCAGGCUGCGAGCGAGGGCCGGACGGACGGGAGAAGACGGCGUACGUGCCCUGCGUGAGUGCGUGGCGGCGGCGCCUGCGCGAAGAGUGGGUCGUGUGGCCGGGCCCCCGUGUGUCCCUGCCCGAGACCCCCGCGGCUUGGCGCCCCUCGGCUCCAUGACCCGAAACACCCCACCAUCCGCGCCCCGCCCAGAGCAGCCGGUUCCGUUUGCCCUUCUUGCAGUCCCCGCAGGCCCCAAAGUCCCCGCAGCCUCGGCCGGCGGCCACGCAUCGCCAUGGUGAUUGUGGGCAACUACUGCGAGGCCGAGGGGCCCUUGGGGCCGGCCUGGGUGAAGGGGGGCCUGAGUCCCUGCUUCUUCUUCACGCUUAUGCCCUCGACACUGAUGGCCCUGGGGGCUCUGGCCUUGGUGCUCACCCUUCCCUGCAAGCGCCGGGAGCGGCCAGCUGGCCCCCACGAGCCGUCCUGGAGCGCCGGCCCUCUCGUCGCUCCCUAUGUGCUGCAGCUGCUUUUGGCCACACUUCAGGUGGCACUGCCCCUAGCCGGCCUCGUUGGCCGGGUGGGCACUGCUGGGGCCGCCCCGCUGCCAGGCUACCUACUGCUGGCUUCCAUACUGGGGACUCUGGCCAGCGCCUGUGGCCUGGGGCUGCUCCUGGUGGAACAUAACCAGGCCUGGCAGAAGCUAGCAAUGGGCAUCUGGAUCGAGUUCAGGCACAGCUCGGGUCUCCUGCUCCUCUGGACUGUGGCAUUUACAGCUGAGAACUUGGCCCUUGUGUCUUGGAACAGCCCACAGUGGUGGUGGGCACGGGCAGACUUGGGCCAGCAGGUUCAGUUUAGCCUGUGGGUGCUGCGGUAUGUGGUCUCUGGAGGGCUUUUUAUCCUGGGACUCUGGGCCCCUGGACUUCGUCCCCAGUCCUAUGCCUUGAAGGUUAAUGAAGAGGAUCAAGACGUAGAGAGGAGUGAGGUUCAGUCACCAGAGGCACCACCAAGAUCUACAUGGCAAGACCUUGGCAGGAAGCUCCGCCUACUGAGUGGCUACCUGUGGCCUCGAGGGAGUCCAGUUCUGCAGCUUGUUGUGCUCAUCUGCCUGGGGCUCAUGGGGUUGGAACGGGGACUGAAUGUGUUGGUCCCCAUCUUCUAUAGGGACAUAGUGAACUUAAUGACUGAGAAGGCACCUUGGAGCUCCCUGGCCUGGACCGUCACCACCUAUGUCAUCCUCAAGUUCCUCCAGGGGGGUGGCACUGGCAGUACAGGCUUUGUGAGCAACCUGCGCACGUUCCUGUGGAUCCGGGUACAGCAGUUCACAUCGCGGCAGGUGGAGCUGCGCCUCUUCUCCCACCUGCAUGAGCUCUCCCUGCGCUGGCACCUGGGACGCCGUACCGGGGAGGUGCUACGGAUUGUGGACCGGGGCACAUCCAGUGUCACAGGGUUGCUCAGCUAUCUGGUGUUCAACGUGCUCCCCACGCUGGCUGACAUCACCAUCGGCAUCAUUUACUUCAGCAUGUUCUUCAACGCCUGGUUUGGCCUCAUUGUGUUCCUCUGCAUGAGUCUUUACCUCAUUGUGACCAUUGUGGUCACUGAGUGGAGAACGAAGUUUCGACGUGCUAUGAACACACAGGAGAAUGCUACCCGGGCCCGAGCUGUGGACUCUUUGCUUAACUUUGAGACGGUAAUGAAGGCCUUGGACAGUAACGUGAGGCACGGAGAUGUGAGGCAGCCACGACCAGCGGGGCUGCCAGGGAGCUGCGAGGGGCGGGGCGGGGGGGGGUGGUGCCUUUCCAAAUGA